GUAGUAUUUUUAUAUAUCUGUGGAUAGCGUAAUGAUUCCUGAAACCGAUAAGCAAUCAAAUCGGUUGUAAGAUAAAAUAAAUAAUUGUCGAGUGUCGACAAUAUUGUUUGAAAAUGGAAUGUAAUCAAUAAUUAUUAUUAAUUUCUAUCUGUCGAGUGUCGGUUCUUGCAAACCGACAAUUUUUUAUUAACUAUUUGUAUCUUGUCAUACACUCAUACCUUGUCUAAAAUGUCUCAUCAGCAACAGCAACAACAGCAAUUCCAGAGCAUACCACUGGAUAGCGUCGAAUCGCAAUGGGAAAUAUUAUUUAAUCGUUUUGACAGAAAUCGUGAUGGUAAAAUAUCUAUCAUUGAGUUACAUAAUGCCUUGAAACAUGGAGCUGGUGACCAAUACAAUAUACCUCCUAAAAUAUUGGCAAUAAUUGCACAAAAAGCUGAUCACGACCAAGAUGGUUAUAUUAACUUUAGAGAAUUUUUACAUUUAAUGGAAGAAGAACCAAUAGCUAAAAGUUUGACGACAAAUUUGUUUAACAAAUAUAUCCAUUAUACAAUUGUACCAAGAGAACCUCCUAGAUUACGUACAGGAGGGUUGGAUCGUACUGAUGGCGAUUAUGAAGAUGAAUACUCUUGCAAUCCACCAGCAUUAUGCAUGAUUAUUGUUAGUCUGAUUGAAGUAAUAUUUUUCUCUUGGGAUGUUAUAAAAUUGAAAACAACAGAGUCAAUCCAAGGUCCUAUGGCUUCAAUGUUUAUUUACAAUCCUCACCGUAGACGUGAAGCCUGGAGGUUUCUGACCUAUAUGUUUGUACAUGUUGGACGGACUCAUUUAAUAGUAAACUUAAUUGUUCAGCUAUUACUUGGAGUACCAUUGGAGAUGGUCCAUCGUGGUUGGAGAGUAGUGUUAAUUUAUUUAUCUGGAGUUUUAGCUGGUUCAUUAGCUACGUCAGUAACUGAUCCUUCAGUUUAUUUAGCUGGUGCUUCUGGAGGUGUUUAUGCUUUGAUCACAGCACAUGUAGCUACUAUAAUUAUAAACUGGUCUGAAAUGGAAUUUGCUAUUUAUCAACUCUUGGUAUUUACUUUUCUGAUUUUCUUUGAUUUUGGGUCAUCUAUUUAUAACCGCUAUUUUGUUGAUGUGGACAAUCAGAUUGGUUAUACUGCACACUUGGCUGGUGCUAUUGCUGGUUUACUUGUUGGAGUGUACACUCUACGAAAUCUUAAUGUUCGUCCAUGGGAAAAAAAAUUAUGUUGGUCAUGUUUUGUUAUUUAUGUGUUGUUGAUAGGCUCAGGUGUGAUGUGGAAUAUAAUAUUUCCUGAAUAUUUUUCAAAAGAACACUAUUAAAAGUUAAAAUUAUAUUAGUAUCAUAUUUUUGAAUGCUUCUAUUGCACAAAUAUUAAAAAAAAAAAAACAAUUUAUAUUUUUAUAAAAAUAAAACUGAACUGUUCGUUUAUUUUUGUAUUAAAUAUCAAUACUUUAUAUAAUAGAUCCUAUUUCACAAAAGUUAUGAGUUUUGUUGCUUUAUAUUGUGAGAUUAAUUUAUUAGUCAAUUAUAUAAUAUUAAGUUAAUGUGUGUUAUAUCAAUUUGUAUUAUAUUUUUUUAUAAUAAUUUUUUUUAAACUUACAUUGAUACUCAUUUUUUGUAUUACAAAAUUACACAAAUUUUAUUAUGUACAAAUUUAGUAUUUUUAUACAAAAUAUAUUUUAUACUUUCAUUUAAUUUAAUCAUUUUUUUUUAAAUUUUUUUUUAUUUUUUUUAUUGCUUAGUUUAUAAGUAGAUUUAACUUGAAAAACAAUCAUUAUGUGAAAUUACUCAUACAUAAAACAACAUUAUUUUUAUGUGUAUGAAGAAAAAAAUUUUUUGGAGCUAAUUCAAAAUCAGAAUAGUAAAUCAUUUUUUGAAGUCAACGAAUCUUUGAUAGGUCACUAUAAAAUCAAAUUUAGUUUUAUUAAAAAAUUAUUUACUUAUAUUUGAUAAGUUCAAUUAUACCUAACUAAAACUACAUUUUGAUUAUAUUUUUAAUUUUUAUUAUUUUUUUUUUUUUAACCGACAAUAUGACUCGGUAAUUCAAUGCUAGUAGUUUUUAAUUAAGAUUAACUAUUAAGUAUCAUUAUUGGGCAUUGCUUAUUGGUAUUUAUUACAGUUCAAUAUUAUCAAUGCUUAAAAAUAGUUAUUACGUAAGAGCACUAUAUUUGUACCAUUUGUUGCAUAAUAAAUAUUUUUUUAUAAUUAUAA